AUGGAAAAUAUCAAUACAGAUGAUAAUGUACAAUAUCAAUCAAUACUUGAAUCAUAUAUUUCAUUACCAAUUAAUUCUGAUGAAUAUACACAAAAACUUCAUGCAAAUUUAAUUGAAAUAAAAGAAAAAAUCAAUGUUGAUGAAAUACAAAUGAUAUUUGUUGCUCAUUGUUAUGAACAAACUGGUCGAAUACCAUGGAAAAUAAUGUCAAAACGAGAAAAAUUUCUUUAUUUAUUAAAUAUUUUAAUAAGAAUUUUUGUUUUUAUUUUUUUAUUAUAUCUAUUUACUAUAACACUUGAUUUAAUGACAUCAGCAUUUAUAUUAUUAAGUCGUUCAACAUUUGGACAAAUAUUUCGUAGUCGAAUAUUUUUGAAAAAUCCUAUUAUUAGUCUAAUGUUUGGAAUUAUUAUAACAACUAUUCUACAAAGUUCAUCUACUGUUACAUCGAUUAUUGUUUCAAUGGUUGGUAGUGGAAUUGUUGACGAUGUUCGUUCAGUUAUUCCAAUGAUUAUGGGAACAUCAAUAACAAAUACUCUUGUUGCAUUUAGUCAAAUAGGAAAUCGAAAUGAAUUUUCUCGUAGUUUUUCAUCAGGUAUACUCAUGGAUGUAUUUAAUUAUUUAACAACACUUAUUCUUCUACCUAUUGAAAUUUUUAUUGAUCGUAUAACGACAAUGUCAGAUAUUUUUCAUCGUGGUGGUUAUUUAGCUCGUGUAAGCGGGGCUAUUGCUGCAAUGAUUCCUGAAAAACAAGGAAUAAAUAUUCAAUUAUUUAAAGUAAUUACAAAACCUUUAACGAAAUUAAUAAUACAAAUUAAUGAAACUAUUAUAACAAGUAAUAAAACACAACAAACAAUUGGUAAAAUUUAUUGUUAUAAUGAAACAAUUAAAUGUAAAUAUUUAUUUCGAUCAAUGAUUGAAAAAUUUGGAGAUAAUAUUGUUGGAAUAAUUUUAUUUAUAUGUUCUCUUAUAAUUCUUACUGGAAUACUUUUAUUUAUGGUUAAAUUAUUAAAAUCAAUAAUUAUUGGUAUUAUUGAUGAUACAUUAAAAAAAAUUCUUCAUAUUCAAUCUCAUGGAUGGAAAGAAUGUUUACUUGGUUAUGUUUUUAUUAUUGUUGGUAUUAUUGGAGCAAUACUUGUUCAAAGUAGUAGUGUUUUUUGUUCAAUAUUAACACCAUUAGUUGGUCUUCAAGUACUUUCACUUGAACGUAAUUAUGAAUUAACAAUUGGUGCUAAUAUUGGUACAACAAUAACAGCAUGUUUUGCUUCUCUUACUCAAACUGGUCUAUUUUUUCGUCAAUCUAUGCAAAUAGCAUUAACUCAUUUUUUAUUUAAUCUAUCGGGUUGUAUACUUUGGUAUAUUCUUCCAUAUUUUCAUCGUAUUCCAAUUUAUUUAAGUCGUCAAAUUGGUUAUAUUGUAUCUGAAUAUCGUUGGUUUGCUUUAGUUUAUAUAACAUUAAUAUUUUUUCUUUUUCCAUUAAUUCUUUUAAUUCUUGCUUUAAUACAUUGGAUAGUUGCAAGUAUAUUUCUUCUAUGUAUUUUUCUUCUGAUUAUUUUUAUUAUAAUUAUUAAAUAUUUUCAAAAAACAAAUCCAAAUAAAUUACCAAUUAUAUUACAGUCAUGGUCUUUUCUUCCACGUUCAUUUCGUUCAUUUUCAUAUUGGGAUCAUCAUUUAGAAAUUUUUAUUAAAUAUAUUUGUUGUCAACGAUGUAUUAAUUUAAUUUAUCCAUUAAAUAUAAUUGAAAAACCAUUAAAAGAACAAUAUUUAUCAAUGAAAACUCAAUAUUUAACAGCACUCGAUCAUCGUUUUUUAGUUCAUACACAACAAUUAAAUCAAUUAUUUGAAAAAUAUCAUGCACCAAUUAUUUCUAUUUAUGAAUCACGAUAUCCAAUUAAAAAUUAUGUACAAGAUUUCUAUCAUAGUUUAACUGGUAAACCAACACAAGGUGAAAAAACAUUAUUAACUCUUAUACAAACAAAUUUAUUGUCCAAAGAAAUUAAAAUUCAUGAAAAUGAAGAAGAAUUAAUCGAUCGAAUUAUUGUUUUUGAUCGAGAGAAAAAAAAAGAAAUAUCAUCUUGUAUUGUAGUUGUUAUUGCUAAAUAA